AUGUCUGCUGCUGUUGAAGAAAUUAAGACCGCCGCUAAAGAAGUUAAAGAAGCUUUAACCCCUCAAAAGAAAUGUUGCGCCAAAGAAAGUUGUUGUGAAGGCAUGAACAAUUGUGUUAAAUGUGUUUGCAACACUUUAUCAUCCAUUAAAGCUUUUGUUGCCUCUAAACUAUCAUGUGCAGCUGAAGCUUUGAAGAACCCUGUUGUCUUAUUAAACACAAUCUUGGUUUCUACCACUUUGACUACUCUAUUGACAGGUUAUGCCAAAUACGAUAAGAGAUAUUUACAAGGUAAAUCAGACAAAUGCAUCUUAUUGACUGCUGGUGCCGCUACUGCUGCUAUUGCUCUGGAUGUUAUGAUCUACUAA